AGUGUGUAGCUGACAGAGACUCUGUUGUGGACCUGAGCUAGCAGGUAGUAUAGUAAAAUAACUUUAACAGUAUAGUAACUGUUGUAGUAAAGUAACUUUAACAGUAUAGUAACUGUGGUAGUAAAAUAACUUUAACAGUAUAGUAACUGUGGUAGUAAAGUAACUUUAACAGUAUAGUAACUGUUGUAGUAAAGUAACUUUAACAGUAUAGUAACUGUUGUAGUAAAGUAACUUUAACAGUAUAGUAACUGUGGUAGUAAAAUAACUUUAACAGUAUAGUAACUGUGGUAGUAAAGUAACUUUAACAGUAUAGUAACUGUUGUAGUAAAGUAACUUUAACAGUAUAGUAACUGUGGUAGUAAAAUAACUUUAACAGUAUAGUAACUGUGGUAUUAAAGUAACUUUAACAGUAUAGUAACUGUGGUAGUAAAGUAACUUUAACAGUAUAGUAACUGAGGAGUAACUGUCCAGAAUGAAGAUACUCCAUGUUGUCUCCUGCUGUCUCCUCUCAGCUCUGUGUGUUGAGUCAGAUGUCAUGAAUGUGAAGGAUGUGGUAGGAGGACAAGUCAUGUUCGGCUGCUCAUUCACUUUGGCAGGGAACAACAACAAAUAUUUCUGCAAGGGGACAUGUUCUGUUAAAGACAUUCUGGUUGAAACUAAGAGGAGCAAGAAUGUAACUCAAGGUAGAUACAGUAUAGAAGACAAGGGAGAUGGAGUCUUCUAUGUGACCAUCAAGAACCUGAUGAAGUCAGACUCUGGGACCUACUGGUGUGGAGUGGAGAGAUCUAUAAAGGACUCAUACCAAGAGGUGCAUCUCACAGUUACAGAUGCUCCUCCCACUUCUACACCGUCACCUGUCACCUGCAGACCCCAUGUCUCCACAACCCUUCCAAACCUCUCUACAACAUCCUCUAACCUCUCCACAACCCUCCCAGACCUCUCUACAACAUCCCCAAACACCUCCUCAACCAUUCCAAACCUCUCUACAACAUCCCCAAACACCUCCUCAACCCUCCCAAACCACGUCAGUGGUCGCCUAUCAAGAGCUGGUCUGAUGGUGUGGACCAGUGCUGGUCUGGUAGUCAUGGUGACAGUGUUAGGACUGGUCCUGCUCCUGUUCUACAGACAGAGGAGAGAAACCAGGAGAACACCACCACCACCAGUCUCCUCCAACACACAACCUGACCCUACUGGAGAGGUUGUCUGUGUGUACGAGGAGAUCAGAGAGGCAGACAGACAGACAGACAGACUUCCUGUGGUCAUCUCUGUAGUCUACUCUACUGUCAAAUCACCUACCAACUCUACAACCUACCCUGCUGGCCAAGCCUCUACAACCUACCCUGCUGGCCAAGCCUCUACAACCUACCCUGCUGGCCAAGCCUCUACAACCUACCCUGCUGACCAAGCCUCUACAACCUACCCUGCUGGCCAAGCCUCUACAACCUACCCUGCUGGCCAAGCCUCUACAACCUACCCUGCUGGCCAAGCCUCUACAACCUACCCUGCUGGCCAAGCCUCUACAACCUACCCUGCUGGCCAAGCCUCUACAACCUACCCUGCUGGUCAUUCCUCUACAACCUACCCUGCUGACCAAGCCUCUACAACCUACCCUGCUGGCCAAGCCUCUACAACCUACCCUGCUGCCCAAGCAUCUACAACCUACCCUGCUGGCCAAGCCUCUACAACCUACCCUGCUGGCCAAGCCUCUACAACCUACCCUGCUGGCCAAGCCUCUACAACCUACCCUGCUAGCUCUGUCACAGAUCAACCAGCUUCUCUCAUCUACUCCAAUGUGGAUCUACCUACAGAUUCUAGAGUCUCUUCAUGUCCUCCAACAGCCAGUGGAACCCAGGAUGAUUCCAUCUAUUCUACAGCCCAGCUACCCAAAGAUACUGUAGAAUCUACAAGAUACCCUGCUGUGCACCUCUCUAAAGACACUCCAGAAGACGCCAUCUACUCUACAGCCCAGCUACCCAAAGAUACUGUAGAAUCUACAAGAUACUCUGCUGUGCACCUCUCUAAAGACACUCCAGAAGACGCCAUCUACUCUACAGCCCAGCUACCCAAAGAUACUGUAGAAUCUACAAGAUACCCUGCUGUGCACCUCUCUAAAGACACUCCAGAAGAUGCCCUCUACUCUACAGCCCAGCUACCCAAAGAUACUGUAGAAUCUACAAGAUACCCUGCUGUGCACCUCUCUAAAGACACUCCAGAAGACGCCAUCUACUCUACAGCCCAGCUACCCAAAGAUACUGUAGAAUCUACAAGAUACCCUGCUGUGCACCUCUCUAAAGACACUCCAGAAGAUGCCCUCUACUCUGCAGCCCAGCUACCCAAAGAUACUGGAGAAUCUACAAGAUACCCUGCUGUGCACCUCUCUAAAGACACUCCAGAAGAUGCCCUCUACUCUACAGCCCAGCUACCCAAAGAUACUGUAGAAUCUACAAGAUACCCUGCUGUACACCUCUCUAAAGACACUCCAGAAGAUGCCCUCUACUCUACAGCUCAGCUACCAACAAUAAUGUAGUACUAUAGAAUAUAUACAAGGAAUGUGUCCCAAAUGACACCCUAUUAUCUAUCCCCCAUAUGGAUCCUGGAUAAAGGCAGUGCUCUAUAGAGAACAAGGUGCCAUCUGGGAUGAAGAGAAGCUUCCUGUAGAGAGAUGAAGGGUUGUCACCACAGAGCCACCAUCUUUUAUGACAUGAAAAAAACAAUCCCUUUCCUGUUUCAAAUCCUCCUUGACAUAUUGUAUUAAAACAGCUCAUGCGAUUUUAUUGAAUAUAAUGUAUGUAAAAUAUGAACACCUGGGUUUAAAAUAAAUCUGUAUCGCCAGAUUUUGUGAAAGUCAA